UGAACCCGUCGCCUUAUGAAUGAACCUACCAUCCCAGAUUGACAACCCAAGACUCGCAAGGCAUGGAUGACAAAGGCAUUAUCGGAAGGUCUCCUCUGACCAUGAGACUGCGGCUAUUCAAGCUGGGUCUUGCGUGCGCCAUGCCAGUUAUUUAAGCAAGAAUGUUUUGCUCGCAGCGUGCUCCAUCAUGCUGUCUGUCACCUCGUUUGGCUCAUUCUACUGACCUGACACCGCAGUAUAUCUAGCCAGGGUACAGUACAAGGGGAUCCAUCAUCAGUCAACCCGUUACCUAGCGACCGGGGGGGGGGGCUAUCCUCCUGUACGGGACACCAUUGACCCAUUUCCCAACCUUUUGACCUCUGUCAACGCAUUCAAGAUGUGCCAUAAGAUUCGUUACUACUUUUCUGUGUGUAUAUGCAUCGACGUGUCCCGUGACGUUGAUAUCAGAUGCGAUAAAGCCUUGAAAGUAGGGUAUGAAUGUACCGACCCUAAAGCUACCGGGAUCCCAAUGAAGGGAAUAUGUCCCCACUGCCAGGAGUACUACCAGGAGUAUCACAAAGUAAUGAGUACGCCCAGCGAGCCAGAAGCCCCAGUUCCUGAAAGCCAAAAGGUCGACAUUUGCAAAUCCGUUGAGGAAAGGCCAGAGUGUCAUUCCGGAACUUCAGUCCCUGAAGGUCAUGAGGUCAACAUCAGCAACGACAUUGGGAAACCAACGUAUUCCUCCGGUAUUCCAGUUCCUGAAGACCGGAAAGUCAGCAUCUGCAGAAACACUGAGGAGGAACCAAGGUGUGACUCCGGUAUUCCAAUUCCUGAAGGUCGGGAUGUUGACAUCCGCAGAGACGCUGAGGAUAAACCAGAGCGUCAACCCGAUGACCCCAUACUUGCGACUCAGGAGGUCGACAACGGCAGCGACCUUAAGCGACCAAAGUGCCACUUUGGCAUUCCAGUCCCUAGACGUCAGGGAGUUAAAGCCAGCAGCGACGUUGAGGAACCAAGGCGUGUCACCGGUAUUCCAGCCCCUGUAAGUCAGGAAAUGAAAGCCCGCGGCGAGGUAGAUAAGAAAGCAAGGUGCCAGUUUGGUCUUCCGGUCCUCAAGAACCAAGAAGCCAAAAUAUGCAACCAGGUUGAAGAGAAGCCAAAGCGCCAGUCGGGCAUCCCCCUCCCUAGGAAACAGGAAGUCAAGACAAGCAACGAAGUUGGUACCAAACCAAGGAUUCAGUCUAGCAUUCCACUCCCUAGGAAACAAGAGGUCAAAACACGCAACAAGCCUGCUCCGGACUUGCAGAAUACUGAUAAGUCCCAGUCUCUUGACGAGAGCUUAUUCGAUAGAAUCACUUUCUGACUGGCAGGGUCAGUCUCGAUUGUGGUAGACGUGCAACUUGAAAGAUUGUAAUAUAUGUUC